AUGGAAGGUGACCAAACCCAAACAAAUGAUGUCAACACGGACAGUGCUUCAAAUGUAUCCUAUCUUUCCGAUACACAAGAGACUGCUCUUGCUUUUGUCCCUAUUGUCCCAACCCUCAUCAGUAUUUGGGCAUCAUGUCUCCUGAUUCGACUGCUCUACAAACGUGGCUUCAAGUCUCCCAUGCGAAGAAUCUUGCUCGCCCUCAGUAUAACGGAUAUCUUUACCUCAGUCACAGCAGCGCUGCAAUGCUUCUUCGUUCCAAGAGACACAAGUCGAAGGUUGUAUGCAAUCGGAAACGAUGCUACCUGCUCUUAUCUGGGCUGGGGCUUUUCAUUUUCGACCAUUUCUUUUUUUUACUAUGCAGCCCUAUCAUUUUACUUUCUAAUGGUUGUCAAAUUUGGAAUGAAAGAUCCUGUCUUUGGACGAAGGAUUGAGCCAUACAUGCACGUGAGCAUUUGCAUUUUUUCCACAGCGACCGCUACGAUUGGUUUGGCACUCGGAAUGUACGGCGAAGUUUCGGCCGGUGCUGGUUGCUGGCUCCGAGUUACGGAUAAGUGCGAUGCUGAUUGCAUCCACGCGGUUGGGUCGGUCUUUGGAGGCACUCCGUUUCUGCUGUGUACGGUUGUGGUGGUAGCCUUCAAUCUUCUCAUCUUCUGUCACGUUCGGGGAACUAUUUAUGAAGGUAUCAAAAAGAGUAAGGAAAGAUGGACGACGAACUUGAAGAAUCUCCGGCUAUCGCUAUCUUCAUCAAAGCACAAAUCUGUGACAGCUGCAAAUGCGCAAGCUGCUACCAGGGUAGCCACCACCACCACCACCACUCUGACCAAUGACUAUGUUAUAAAACAAGUCACAGCGUCGCCAGAUCAACUUAAAAGGGUGCAACGAGUGGGAGUACAAUCGUUGUUGUAUUGCCUUGUCUUUCUUGUGACCUACAUAUGGACAGUGGUAUUGACUACAAAACGAAAUAACACUGCAAACGGAGGUGGGCCAGAAUUGGAGCCAGCACUCUAUCCCUAUAUGAUGCUUCGUGCUACAUUCAUUCCACUAAUGGGUUUUUGGAACCUACUAGUGUAUGUCCGUCAGAGAUAUAUCGCACUGCGAGAGCAAGAGACUUCGAGAGAGAAUGGCGAAUCAAGCUUGAAAUCUUUUCGUAGAGUGAUAUGGGAUGUCGAUGCUGGUGCUGGAUUCCGAAAGCCAGCAAAAGGAUCAGGAGGAUAA